AUGCCACGCGGAAGGAAGAAGAAGGAAGGACAGGUUCUUGAUAUCCAGAUCCAUGAGGAUGUUUGGGCUAUGUGCGAUGCAUGCCAGAAGUGGCGCAGGCUGCCGCCCGGCACCGUUCUGGACGAAAGCCAACCUUGGUAUUGUACCCAGAAUCCAGACAAGAAGUACAACAGUUGCUCACUAGAUGAAGAGGAUUGGCAAAACUCUGGAGACCAAGAAAUUAGUGCGGCGCUUGGAUCUGAGAUUAAAGCGGAGGCGGCCAAAUUGGCGUUGAAAAAAGCGGCUGGACACGAUUUGAGCAUGGGAACAGGCGCGGUUCGUGGCCGGAAGCGCCAGACUGACAGCGACACGUCCUGGGGUGUGGUACCCAAGAAGGUGAAGGGCCUAGGUACGCGGAUAAGCGCGAACAACGGUGGAACAUGGGAACCCACGCGGCCCAGCGGACACAUGUCCCAGGACCACAUCAAUGUACCUCAGUGGUUCUGGGUGGGCAUGCAGCACCUAGUGCCGCAGGCGGCGGCGUUGGCGGCCAACGCAGUGGAAGUUCUAACAGCGCUGCAGUACUCUACAGGGGGUGGCCAGCAAACGGCUGCGGCGGCCACUAGCACACUGCAGGCGGAAUUGUACGUGCGACUGUCACUGAUGAGCGCCGCCAGCAUGCUGCAGCCGGUGGUUAAGCUGGCGAUGCAGGGAGGGGACCUACCGGCGGCGGCUGUAGCGACGGCGCCGAGGCCUGCUCCGCAGCAGCAGCAGGCGCAACCGCUGCAAGCGUCAACUCCAGCACCGGCCCCAGCCCCGGUGCAUAUCCCGCUGCGUACCCAAUCUCCGCUCCCGGCCUCUUCUCCGUUCCCAUCUCUAGCUGCGACUCUGCUACCGGCCGCAGCCCACUCCCCUACGGCACCAGUCGUGACCCCGGGCGAACCCAUAAACGCGGCGUUGCAGCAGACAACCCAUCCGCUACAGCCGCUACCGCUGCCAUCCCCAGCACCUGCUGCACCUGCCGGGGCGAUACCGACAUCUCCAUCCGCACCCGUCGCUGUGGGGCCGGCGCCGCCACCGCAAUCUGCCACACCAACUGCCACACCGUCAGCAUCCCAGUCGCCCACAGCUGGGACCUCGGCUGCCGCCACUAGCGGCCCUACUGCCGCGGUCGGCACCACUGCCGCGGGUGGUUGCGGUGGGUCAUCCCAGCGGCCUGGCGGCAGUGCUGGCGGCUCCCUCAGCCGGGCAUCCAGUCCAGGAACAACGAGUACGACCCCAACAGACACCGGGCCCGGGAGCAACGGCCGUGGGGAAUCACGCGAGCGCCGGGAGUCCCGAGAGCCGCGAGAGCCCCGGGAACUUCGGGAGGCGCGGGUGCCACGGGAGCGGCAGCGUGACCCAGCCUACGAACGUCAUCUUCAGUCCCAAGCCGCGCAGCAACCACAGCCGCCACCACCAUCACAUCACCUGGGACGAGUGGGCAGCGAUCGUGAGCGCGAGCGAGAUAAAGGUCCCGACCAGCCCCGUGAUCGGGAUCGCGAUCGGGAGCGCCGCGACGGGUCUUAUAUACGGGAACGGGAGUAUCACCGGGAAUACUCGCGUGAGCGUGACGGGGCAUCCUACCCGCCGCAUCCCAUCUCCAACCAUCCACACUCGCACUACCGUGAUUCUCGUGAGCGUGAGCGGUACCCGGGGCCGGAGUCACCCCGGCAGCCGCCCCACCAUGGCCACGGCCCUGAUGGUGGCGGUCGUGAAUGGCAUGACGGACGUGGCGAGCGACGGGAUAGCCGCGAGCGUGAGCGGUCGUUUGAGCGGCAGGGGCCACCGUCCCAGACUUACGGAUAUGUUGGCUACGGCAGUGGUAGCGGCACAGGCCAUCGGGAAGGGCCUUACGCUCACCAAGGCUUCGGUGGCCGUGACUAUCGGGGUGACAGAGACCGGGAUUACUAUGGGCAUGAGGGGCCUUCCCGAGGUGGGGAUCGGGAUGGUUACUACCGCGGCGGGAGUGGCAGUACGCACUACGGCGGCUUUCCUCCAGAGUCCCACCGUGGUGACAAGGACCGUGUCCGUGGAGGAGGAGGCGGUGGACCACAAGACUGGUCCGGCAGGGAACGGGAUUGGGAUUUCGUCUACGACGGCGGUAGCGCUUAUGGAGGUGGACACUAUGAAGGGAGCGGUGGCGGGUCGUAUGGCUCCGGGCGCCCGGCCGGGACCCAGGCUACCACCACGGCCGCGGGGACGUCGGCUGUGCGCGGUAGCGGCCCGCGGCCUGUGCCGCUACCGCCGUCCCUGGCGUCCCUGCCUCCCGAAACAGUUGCCAAGCUUUUGCAGGAUCAGGGUCACACAGUAAAAAGUGUACACGUCGUCAAGCCCUCCUCGCAUGGGCAGCCACCGCCAACGCCAUCACAAUCGCCGCAGCCUGGGGUUGGUACGUCAGCCGGAGCAAUUAGCAAUCUUCCCUCAGGCAUUGCACCGCCCGUGACUGUUGCACAAAUUAGGGCAGCAGCAAUGGCGGCGGCUCAACAGAAGGUGCAGCAGGGUUACGUGCACGGAUCGGAAUCCGGCAAUCGAAGUACUGGUGGUCAGAGAUAGGGUGUUGAAUGUGGUUAUAUUAUCUUGUAAGUACAGAUGUUGU